AUGGCAGUUUUCAGCGUACUUCUGAGUUUGGCUGCUCCGGCUCUGAUGUUGCUGCUCCUUCUGCUGAUCAUUGCGUUUCUCGGCUACUGUUUAUACAUUAAAUACAUUCAUAUGAAGUAUGACCACAUACCCGGUCCACCAAGAGACAGUUUUUUCUUCGGACAGUCACCAACGCUUGUAAAGAUGAUGGAAAAGGGGGGAAAUGUACACGACAAAUUUCUGGAGUGGGCCAAGAAGUAUGGGCCAGUCUACAGGUUAAAUUUGCUUCACUACGUCGCAGUGUUUACGCACUGUCCACAGACCACCAAGGAAAUCCUGAUGUCGCCAAAGUACCCCAAACAGAAGCAUGCCUACAAAAAACUUUUCAGCCUGUUUGGUCAGAGGUUUUUUGGCAAUGGUCUGGUAACAGCACGUGAUCAUGAGCAGUGGUACAAACAGCGCCGUAUCAUGGACCCUGCCUUCAGCAGCCUGUAUCUGAGAGGUCUAAUGGGGACCUUCAAUGAGAGGGCAGAGAAACUGAUGGAUAAACUUGCAGAGGUUGCUGAGAGUAAAACAGAAGCUAAUAUGCUCCACCUGGUCAACUGUGUCACCCUGGAUGUUCUUAGUAAGGUCGCCUUUGGGAUGGACUUGGACCUCCUGAAUAAUAGCUCACCUUUCCCUAAAGCCAUUGAGACAUGUCUGAGAGGAAUGGUUUACUAUGUCAGAGACAUGUUUUUUGAGUUCAAACCCAAGAACAGAGCAUUUGUUAAUAAGGUGAGGGAAGCGGCCCGUCUGCUGCGCACAACUGGAGCGAAGUGGAUCAGUGAGAGAAAGACCGCCAUACAAAACGGUGACGAGGUCCCCAAAGACAUCCUGACACAGAUCAUCAAAUCUGCCAGCCAAGAGGAAAGCAUGACCGAAGAAGACGAGGAAUUUAUGUUGGACAAUUUUGUGACAUUCUUCAUUGCAGGGCAAGAAACAACAGCUAAUAAACUGGCUUUUUGCAUCAUGGAGCUUGGUAGACAUCCUGAAAUCCUGGAGAAAGCAAGGAAAGAGGUGGAUGAUGUCAUUGGGAUGAAACGUGACAUAAGCUAUGACGACUUAGGAGAACUGGUCUACCUGUCGCAGGUGCUGAAAGAGACUCUGAGAAUUUACCCCCUAGCUCCAGGCACAGCUCGCGAUGUAGCUGAAGACAUGGUCAUUGAUGGUAUCCACAUCCCUGGGGGGUUCAGUGCUGUUUUCAGCUCCUAUGUGUGUGGGAGGCUGGACAGCUUCUUCAAGGAUCCACUGAAAUUUGAUCCAGACAGAUUUCACCCAGAUGCUCCCAAGCCUUAUUACUGCUACUACCCUUUUGCCCUCGGUCCUCGCUCGUGCCUGGGACAGAACUUUGCUCAGAUGGAGGCUAAAGUGGUGAUGGCCAAACUGCUGCAGAGAUUUGAUUUCACUCUUGUCCCGGGACAGUCCUUUGACAUCCUGGAUGUCGGCUCGCUCAGACCAAAAAGUGGAGUGGUGUGCACUUUGAGCCACAGGGAUUACAAAGACUAAAAGGUCUUAAAGUACAUAAAAAGAAGUCAGAAUGGUCUAUAGGGUAAAACUGGGCUGAUCUGGACUACUGCCUCAAACCUGUGAUUUCAAAAAUCUUUCUAAUGAAACAAUAUCAGGCAUGAAUGAAGUACACAGUAUAGUCACAUGAAAUGAAUGUAAUAAUAAUUUCUUCAUUUGCAGUGAGAAUAUAGGAACAAUUUGAGGAGGGCAGGGUUUAACGUCAUUCAUUUAAUCUUUCACAGAGCCAUCAUAAAACUGUGUAGUGACUAUUAUAACCAGCGAACUGCAAAAUUUUACUGUCUAUAACACUAAUCUGUAAACGCUGAAUGUGAGCGUUGAUUUGUUUGCUGUGCACUGAUUUCAUAUGUACACAUG